GCCAGAAGGGUUCGUUGGACAAGUUUGGUUUCGCUAGAUCUGAAGCCCCCCAGCCAGACGUGCAGGCCCCCCAUCUCUAACCUGAGGCGCCCCAGCAGCCGUCGAAUCACCCUUGUUGAAUCAGACCUUCUCGCCGCUCCCGAUGGGAGCGGGUCUGAGCAGGGCCGGGGGACGGCUCGGGUGCCAUCACGGGGCCGCCAGGGCACUUGGGGAGGGAGGUACCGGGGCACGUUAGUUGCCCACCGGCGACCGACGUCGAGCUUGGGCUGGCCGGUCUUGGGCCCAGGAUCGUUGGAUACGCCUUUUAGACCUGCAGUCGGGAAGGCGUGUGCACCAGCGGCUGGUGACCAGCCCCGGGAUCGGCCCGGCCAGGCUGUCGUCGCGGGGCGCCAGCGUCGACUCGUGUCACGGGCGUGUGCGCUCUGUGCUCCCAGGAAUGACGGGACCAGGCUUGAGGGAAGCACGCUGGACAAGUGGCACGAGUUCAUCAAGCAAGAGAAGGUGGCGUUCGAUUCCGUGCGGAAGUUUUUUGGGUACCCCGCGCCGAACGACGAGAAUUUGACGCGCGCGCCUCUGGUUGUCGAGCCGUGCAUGCGGAGUGCGGUCGUGAGGCAGUUGCAUAUAGAUGUGAAGUUCCUUGUAGACCAUGACAUCACUGGUUACUCCAUGAAGCUGCUUAUCAAACAUGACCCCACAGCGCCCGCCGGCACGUGCGACGUCAAGGAGGACGUCGAGGUGAGGCCCUUAUCGAAGACCCAGGGCAGGAGCGUCUUCGAGAGGUACCAAUGGGGCAUCCGCGCUAAGAAUGCCAGCGCUGGAAGGGCGGCGGAGCGGGCGAUCUUCAAGUUCAAGAUCGAGAAUUUCCUCGCUCUCGGCGGCCACGCCGUGAGCGGGUGGGCGGGAUUUAGUUCGGGAGAGGAAAGAGUCCUGAACGUACAGGAAAUUGGAGCGUCUAUCAGACUCCCACACGUGUGGAAGAAGUUGCUGGACACCCCCGACAUGCGCAGGCUGAAAAAGUGCAAGAAUCUGGUGGAUUCUCCCGAGGAAGCGCACAGGCUGGGGGCGAUGUGCUGGACGGGGUGUGGCGAGACCUCCAGGACCGUGUGCGACGAGCUCGACGACAAGGCCAUGGACAAGGCGGGGACCCACUUCGUCAAGCUUGUCGAGUACGAUUUCGCCGGGGACUGGGCAAAGGGCCACAGCUUGGCUUGCGAUGGUUUCACCAACUUUGGAAGACACAUAAGGCGCGCCCUCUGCGGGCUGACCAACAGGCACCCGAAUUAUGACGAUAUGGAGUCGUUGGGCCAGCGACUGAAAGUCGACGCCAUCCCAGAGCCCUUCCAGUCCCAGAUCCCUGGCCACGAGAUUGAGAGGGCCUUUCAUGCGAACUCUCUGGCUGGUGCCGACAGCGAUCUUGCCGUGUAUUUGAAUUUCUUUUUGCCUACCCACAAAGUGCCAUUCGUUCUGAAGAGGUUGGCAGUGAUGACGUACUACGACUUCGCCCAAUUGCCUCUCCCCGUCGAUCUGCUCCCCAGCGAGGAGUACGCGAGACGCCUCAGCCGCUUCGUCUCGGCGUGGGUCACUUCGCCGAGCAGCAAGGAGUGGGAGGACAACAUGUGCCCGAAGCUCAAGCGCGCGGGCUGCCUGCACAUCGGUGGCGACCACUGGCAACCAGACGAUCCGGAGCUGACGAGGGUUCCCGAGAAGCCAGCCUUCGAGGACGACGACGACGAUCCGUCGUCGGGCCACCGGAAUUCCCUCGGAGUGCUGCUCGGUGGAGCGCUGCCUGCCUUGUGGUUCGCAGCCAUCUGCAGCGGACCCUUGUGGCAUGCGCCGGCAUAG